AUGGACACACAGAUGUUUCGUGUGCAUUGUAACAAGUGCUACAAGCGUCCAGAUGCUGAAAGUACAGUACCAUUUUAUCUGUCUCGUUGCCACCACAUUCAGUGCAGCUCCUGCCUGCACGAAACUGCCCCGGACAAAAGGUGCGCGGUGUGUGAACUGCCCUUCUUAGGAUGCCUUAUAACCCAGAACAUGCCAACUAACGUGGCUAACUACUUCGAGAAUCCCAGGAGGUUCUUUAAUUUAUAUAGAGAUGUCUGCAAGUUUCAGGCUGAUCAGAGAGCAUCAGAUAACCGAGGAUUCCUACUGACCUUGAAAAAGUUUGAGGAGAUGCAACGGCAACAUGCCGCCUACCUCAAAAUGGACACACAGUUUAGGGACCAAUUAAUGCUGGAGAAGGACCGCGUUGACAAAAUAAACCACUACAUCGCAUACUACGAGCAAGUUACUGCGGAUUUGGACCGAUCAAUUGCUGAAGACUCCUUAUUUAGUUUCGACGAUUUGGAAGAUCGGCCCAUCACUCCCCCGAACGACAGUUCCUCAGACAGCACGGAGUCUGAGAACACGCAGGAUACCUUCGAUCUGGACACGGAGAUGAAACUGGCUUAUAAGAAAAGCGGAAGGGAAUCACCUCUCGAAUUCUCUCAGAAGAGAAUCAUGAGACCUAGAAUUCCUAGCAUAGACCAUGAUGAUUUAAAUUUUUAA